AUGAGCGCCAGCAUCAACAAAGGCGUCGUUGUACGACCAGCGAAAAAUCUCAAAGAAGCAAGGGACCUGUGGUGGCCGUUGAUGAUAACCUUAGGCUGGAAUCGUUCAUAUCAUGAUCUCGGAUCAUACAUCUCGGCAUCACAUUCCCGAGGUUUGCUUGUUGCGGUUCCUGACGAAUCUGACGAGCCUGUGGGCCAUUGUCAAGCAACUAUCUAUGAUAAUGAGACUGGCUGGGUCACCCUGUUUGUGGUACAACCUACCAGCCAAGGAAAAGGUUAUGGAAGAGCUCUGUUCGACGCAGUGUUGCAAGAGUUCAAGGACAAUGACACAACCACCAUCGGACUGGACGCAGUAGUCGAACAAAAGUUCACUUACGAGCGCCGAGGUUUUGUUGAGUCUCCGCUCGGCAAAAUUCGCUGUAUGUCUUGGAAUAUUCCUACCAACAUCCACCAUACCACAUCACAUGACCUGAAUACGACGUUGCAGCUGGUCAACAUCAAGGAUGUUCCACACCAGCUUCUGGCAAAAUCCGAUCUCGAUCACACAGGAUUCGAACGCAAACAGCUCUGGAAUGAAGAGUUUUUUAACCGGUCCGACCUUUUCGGAUUUGCUCUGAUCGAUGGAAAAGGUGCCAGAAGAGUCGAAGACAUCCGUGCCUGGACGGUUGUCCGUCAGGUACCUCAAGGAUAUCGCUUAGGCCCGGUGUAUGCAGCAGACCAAGAAUCAGCACACAGGAUCGUCGCUGCUGCAAUGGACCACGCGAUACGAAGGAUCGAAAAUGCCUCAACCACGUUGGAUAUGCCGCAGCCUAGAGAAGAAAACUCGGCAACCUAUACAAUAACGGCGGAGAUCUGGGAUGGUAAUCCUCAAGCUGUGAAGCUUUUCGAAAUGCUGGGGUGGAGCUCCGUCGGCGUGGAUUACCAUCGCAUGUGGGUGAAUGGCAGAGCUACACCACAACAGUCUAAAGGCGGGUUAGCACACACGGGAAUGUACGCCAUUUUUGACGCCGCCAUCGGUUGA